AUGACAUUACUGACAUUUUUUGGUUGUGCUUUAACGGCAUAUGGACCUCCACUUGCCAUUUUUUUUUUAACGAUUGCAAAAGAUGCACAGCUUGUUAUUUUAAUGGUAUCAAGUGCUUUCUUUUGGUUGAUAUCAAUAUUAGCUGCUUCUUCAAUUUGGUUUAUUGCUAAAUCCGCUAGAACUAUAGAUGUAAUUACGGUAUUAUAUAGUGUUUUAUUACAAGAAUUAUUUCGUUGGUUUUUCUAUAAAUUAAUCAGUCGAGCUGAAAGUGGACUUAUUCUCGCAUCUACUAAUCCAACUUCACCGUAUAAUCGUUCUUCUUUUGCUUUCGUUAGUGGUUUGGGAUUUGGGUUGAUGAGUGGUUUGGUGACGUAUAUAACUCUUUUGGUUAAUUCAAUUGGACCGGGAGUAUUAAUAUCCAUUACAACAUGUUUAUUCAUAUUACUACAUAUAACAUGGAUGAUGCUUGCUUUUGAAGGAUUUAGUGAUCCAAAAAGAAAAUAUUAUUAUAUUAUUUGGGUAGUCCUUAGUCAUUUAGGAGCUUCUUACAUGACAUUAUUUAAUGAAUCAAAGAUCGAAUUUGGUUGUGUAAUUGGAAUCUUAAUUAAUAUGGUUAUAUUAACAGUUUCUGCGGUGGCUUCUUUGAUGACAUUGAAAAAAGUGCACACGUAA